AUGAGCCGAGUCUUGGGGUCGGCUGGGUUUGGCGGGCGAUUGCUUUCCUUUUUUGCCGGGGGCGUCUUUCGCCGGCGCAGAGGACUUGUUGUCCUUCUUUCCCUUGCCGGAAUUCUGGUUCUGGUUCUUCAACCGCUGUUCGAUUUUCUGUCGCAGACCGGCGAAGGCACUUUCGUCGGGCAUCAAGGUGUCGGCAGCAGGAGCUGCGACCGCUGCUCCAGAUGUCUCGGCAUCCGAGCGAUUUCCUUUCCCUUUAGCCAUGGUGUAUAUGUUUGGGGGAGUGGAGUGGAGGGAAAGAAAAUUGGAUGGAGAAAUCUUUUGCGGUUAUCGGGGCGCUCGGACCAGCCCGAUAAGAAACAUGGACUCCACUGCAAUUGGUAUUUUCCAAUGAUCUCAAGACUACGGCCUACUCUGGGGCGUUUGCCUCCGAGGGCAUUGGGUCUUCAGGUCCUACGCAAUCUCCAUAUUGAUGGCCGAAGCCGUGUGUCCAACUUCUGGAUCCCUACAGGAGGAAUCUCCAAGAAACCAAUUGAUGGGGAGAAGGAUGCCAAUGAUUUGCUAGUCCGAGGUGGCUUUCUUCGUCAGGCAUAUUCGGGUGUAUUUCAUUUACUUCCCCUUGGGCUGCGUGUUCAAGAUAAGCUAGAACGUCUCAUUGACAAGCAUAUGGGCUCGCUAGGUGCCUCUAAAGUAUCAUUGUCCUCUUUGUCUUCGCAAGAACUUUGGGAACAGUCUGGUAGACUCGGUGAAGGUUCCGAGUUAUUCCGCUUCAAGGACAGAAAAGAGACUCCAUUCCUCCUGGCACCGACCCACGAGGAGGAAAUCACUACCCUAGUGGGCAAUCUGACAACGUCAUACAAAAGUUUGCCUCUGCGGGUCUAUCAAAUCUCACGCAAGUACAGAGAUGAGGCCCGGCCAAGACAGGGUCUACUGCGUGGUCGAGAGUUCAUUAUGAAAGACCUCUACACAUUCGACUACAGUGCAGAGGAAGCGCUUAAGACCUACAAGGCGGUCAAAGUAGCCUACACGGGGCUGUUCGAUGAAUUGAAGAUCCCGUACCUAGUCGCGGCAGCAGAUUCAGGAAACAUGGGUGGCUCGUUGAGUCACGAAUAUCACUUUAUCAGUCCCAAGGGCGAGGACAACGUGGUUAACUGCUCACACUGUGACCAUGUCUACAACGAAGAACUGGCCGACGGCAAGACGCAUAUCUGUGAUGAGUCCCCAUCAUCCACAUCGCCCAGCUUCAAUACAGACCAUGUGGCUGUCGAAGGGGGCCCCACGAUUUCAACCGGCAUGUGGAUGGCUGUCUCACAUGACGGUAACACUAUUGUGCGGGGCUGGUACCCCAAGUUCUCGAUGCGGAGUGAUGCCUCGGAGCCUGUUGAGCGUCAUGUCAACUCACAUGCAAUCAAGGCCAUCGCCACUGCGGCGGGCAUUGGCCUCGAUCUGAGUGUGGAAAAGCCACUCGAGCGAUGGACUAAACAUGUUACGGAAAACAAGUCCUCGACGCAGAGACCUCGUGUGUUAGACCUGUACGACUCUCAGGUCCGAGUAUACCAACGCCCACCACUCAGUGACCUCCUCGAAAAGAUUAACUGUGCAGCCUCAGACAUUGACUACUCGAAGCUAGACUUGUUCCCUGGAACUUCGAACAAACUCAGUCUUGUUCGCGUCCACGAUGGGGAUCAAUGCUCCCACUGUGCACAGGGGUCCUUGACGAGCCAUCCUGCUGUCGAGCUGGGACACACAUUCUACCUUGGGACGCGUUACAGUGAGGUGCUCAAUGCUUCGGUCUCGGUUAAAUCGUCGCUUCUGGAGGGACCAUCUGAUUCUCAGGCCAAGCCAUCGACUCAGGAACAGAUUGUGCCAAUGCAGAUGGGCUGUCAUGGUAUUGGUGUCUCGCGUAUGAUUUCUGCCGUGGCGAACCGACUCGCCGAUUCCAAGGGCUUGAAUUGGCCUCGGGCGAUGGCCCCUUAUGAAGUUGUGGUUGUUCCUGGAAAGGGACUGGAGACUGUGGCUGAUCAGGUGUACGAUAAUCUCAAUACCACGGCCGAUGUGAUUCUCGAUGAUCGGGACAAAGGCAUGGGCUGGAAACUGGGCGACGCAGACAUGAUUGGAUACCCAGUCAUUGUAGUUGUCGGUCACGGAUGGAAGAAGAAUCAGACUUUGGAAGUGCAGUGCCGCCAACUUGGCGUCAAGGAGGAUGUGUCGUUGGAGGAGCUGCGCACGGCUGUCCAGGGCCUACUGGCGCAGCUAUAA